AUGCAACAGCAGAAGCAGCUUCAGCAGGAGAAGCAGCUGCACCAGCUGCUGCAACUCGGCGGAUGCAUAGCGGAGCCCCAGAAGCAGCAACAGCAGCAGCAGCAGCAACAGCUGUUGCUGCUGCAGCCACUUCCUAGGCCUGUCUUUGUUGCUGCUCCUUCUCUCUACAGCAUCCCCCCGCUGCACCUGCGGCCUGCAGCAGAAACGCAGCUGCAGCUGCAUUACCGCAAUGCUGCUGCCUUGCUGCUGCUGCACAUGCAUGCUAGGGAAGCAGCAGCAGCAGCAGCAGCAGCAGCAGCAACAACUACAACAGCAGCAGCAGAAUCGAGUCCUGCAGGUUGGCGCUACUCUUUGGCUUACCUCGAUGGCCUCAGCGACCCGGCUGCCCUGCAGCAGGCGGAAGCAUGCGGCGGGUUUGCUGCUGCAACAGCUGCUGCUGAGCCAGCAGCAGCAGAAGCAGCAGCAGCAACCCUGUCUCCCCUUCCUCUUUUUCCAGCUGCUGUCUGGGCGGAUGCGUGGCCGCUGCUGCAGCAGCACGCUGCGCUGCAGCAGAAGAACCGCUUGUCUCUGCAGCUGGCUUUGCUGUUUGCAGCUCUGCUGCUGGGGGCGCAGCAGCAGCAGCAACAGAUGCAGCAAGAUAUGGGGUUGCUGCUGCAGCUGCUGGAACUGCUGCUGCAGGGAGACAGCAGCUUCUGCUGCAGCGCCCUGUGCACCCUCUUAUCAACGCAGCAGCCGCUGCUGCUGCAUUGCCGCAGCACCGUAGCGCAGCAUUUGCUGCCUUUGCUGCUGGGGGCCCCCAGGAGGAGGGGGGCCCCCAAGUUGGCUUGGUUGCUGCUGCAGCACGCUUACACGCUGCAUGCAACGCCUCAACCUGCUGCUGCUGCUGCUGCUGCGCGGCUGCUGCUCAAGCAGCAGGCUGGAGCAGCAGCAGCAGCAGCGGGAGGGGCAUCUAAGGGCGUCGCCGCAGAGCCAUUGCCGGCAGCAGCAGCAGCAGCAGCAACAGCAGCAGCAGCAGCAGCAGCAGGAGAAGAUGCUUCCCCCACAGCACACUGUCUCACUGUCCUACGUGUGCUGAGGAGGCAGCAAGAGAGCAGCAGCUUCUUAUGUUGCUGCAGCAGGUCUUGUGCUGCAGUGUUUCUGCUAUCAUUGCGUCUUUUGUCAGCAGCAGCAGCAGCAGGCAGCGUGCUGCUGCUGUGCCGGGAGGCGGAGCAGCUGCUGCUGCUGCUGUGGCGCUGCAGCAGCAGCAGGGCUUCUUGCUUGCUGCUGGGGGGCUCCUUGCUUGUUGCUGCUCUGGGAAGCGUCAGCAGAGUGCGCGUUGUUAGGGAGGAGCUCUGGCCUUUGCUGCUGCACAAGGCAACUCCUGCUGCUGCCCUUCAGCUUCUCGCUGCUGCUGCUGCUAGAAGCAGCAACAGCUGCAGCAGCAGCUAUGGCGACGAAGUCUGCUGCCGGUACGCGUGCUGGAGGGGUUGCUGCACGUUUGCGUCUGCUGCUGCUGCUGCUGCUGCGGGUCUCCAAGCUGCCCCCGCACCAGCAACAGCAGCAGCAGCAGCAAGCAGCAGCAGCAACAGCAGCAGCAGCAGUUGGGUUGGGGAGGCUCCGCUCUUCGUGUGGCUUAUGUGCUGCCCCCCAAAGCUGGGGUUAGCAGAAAUGCUGCUCCCAAAGGAGCUGCUGCUGUCGUUGCAGCACCUGCUGCAGCAGGAGACGCUGCAGCAGCAGAAGCUGCUCCUGCAGCAGGCUGGUCGCGCAAGCAGCUUGACUGGGCUUGCUGCUGCUGCUGCUGCUGCAGCUGCUACUAUAUCGGAUAGCAGUAAGGAGCUGCUGCUGCAGCGGGAGUGGUUUGUUUCUCGUUGGCUGCGAAUUGAGUCUCCUGCAGCAACACGUGCAGCAGCAGCAGCAGCAACAGCAGCAGGAGCAGCAGCAGGAUCUGGAGGGCACUGCAGCAGGUCCCCGUGGCUCUCUUCCUUUGUAGGCGAUUUGUCUGCUCAGUUGCUGCUGCAGAGUUCUGCUGCCUGCUGUCUCCUUCACAACGCGGGGGGAAACUCGAAGCAGCAACAGCAGCAGCAGCAGCAGCACCUGCUGCAGCAGCAGCAGCAACAGCAGCAUGGCGAAGAGACUGGAGUGUUGGGGUGUCAAGGCAAGAGCGCACAGCUCAGCCUUAGUGCAGCAGCAGGAGCAGCAGCAGGAGCAGCAGCAGGGAGCGGCCAGCUUCAGUUGUGCUGCGGUGUGCUGCCAGUGCUGCAGCAGCUGCAGCAAACUGUAGAGCAGCUACCAAGCCCUUAUUCAUACCUCUGCUUGCUAUCGCAGAGGCAGCAAUUGUGUCUCCGUUGGCUGUUUUUUGCUGCUGCUGCUGCUCCUCUUCCUGCUGCUGCUGACCGUUACCCGUGGUGCUGCAGCACGAAGCAGUGGAGGGACGCCACGCUGCUGCUGCUGCGCUCCCUGCAGCAGCAGCAGCAGCAGCACCUGCAGCAGCAGCAGAAGUUUAAACGAAUUCUUGUAGGUG